UAAAACUAGCUGUUUGGCAAGUCAGUGCAAGCGGCUGACUUCUGAGAGGCUUCAAGGAGCCAGAAGAGAAGAGGAGCUCCACAGGGGGAAGGCAGUGCGUGUGCUGGGGUUGUUGUUGUUGUUUUUUCUGAAUGAACUGCUUGCAGAAGUGACUGAAAAAAUACAGUUUCUUCCUGAAUCUGCCGGCAUAGUGACUGAAAGAGAGCUCUAGACAGGACAUGGCUCUGAAGACGCCCUCCUUGGAAUGUCCUCUCACUCCCGGCUUCUAAACAACUGUCCUGGGGGAAGGCAGGUUUUCCAUAUCCAAAUACAGCCUGACACAUGGCACUUUGGAACUGUGCUUUCUGAUGACAACGCGUUCGAUUUGGGACAAAGCCUCUGGCGUGCUGCCUCUGGAGGGGAGUCCUAAGUGAAACUCAGCCCGCCUGAACGUGAGGAUCUCCGGCAGCAGGCGGGCAGCAUGGCAUCUGCCGGCUACCUCAUCACCUGGCUCCUGUGGGGCCACUUGCUGGAGCUCUGGACAGGAGGUCACACGGCCGACACCCCACACCCCCGUUUACGCCUGUCACAUAAAGAGCUCUUGGAUCUGAACAGAACAUCAGUGUUUCAUAGCCCUUUUGGAUUCCUUGAUCUGCAGACAAUGCUGCUGGAUGAAUAUCAAGAGAGACUCUUCGUGGGAGGCAAGGAUCUUGUGUAUUCCCUCAGCUUAGAACACAUCAGCAGUGGCUAUAGAGAGAUACGCUGGCCAAGUACAGCACUGAAAACAGAAGAAUGCAUAAUGAAAGGAAAAGAUGCUAGUGAAUGUGCAAACUAUGUUCGGGUUUUACAUCACUAUAAUAGGACACACCUUCUGACCUGUGGUACUGGAGCUUUUGACCCACUCUGUGCCUUCAUCAGAGUUGGAUACCAUUUGGAGGAUCCCCUUUUUCACCUGGAAUCUCACAGAUCUGAGAGAGGAAGAGGCAGAUGUCCUUUUGAUCCCAGCUCUUCCUUCAUCUCUACUUUAGUUGGUAGUGAGCUGUUUGCUGGACUCUACAGUGACUACUGGGGCAGGGACGCUGCCAUCUUCAGGAGCCUGGGGCGACUGGCUCACAUCCGCACCGAGCACGAUGACGAACGCCUGUUGAAAGAGCCAAAAUUUGUAGGUUCGUAUAUGAUCCCUGAUAAUGAAGACCGAGAUGACAACAAAGUGUAUUUCUUUUUUACGGAGAAGGCCCUGGAGGCAGAAAACAAUGCUCACGCGAUUUACACCAGAGUGGGGAGACUCUGCGUGAAUGAUGUAGGAGGACAGAGGAUACUAGUGAACAAGUGGAGCACUUUCCUGAAAGCUAGACUGGUUUGCUCAGUACCAGGAAUGAAUGGAAUUGAUACAUAUUUUGAUGAAUUAGAGGAUGUUUUUUUGCUACAUACCAGAGAUCAUAAGAACCCAGUGAUAUUUGGACUCUUCAACACUACCAGUAAUAUAUUUAGAGGGCAUGCUAUAUGUGUCUAUCACAUGUCUAGCAUCCGGGCAGCCUUUAAUGGACCAUAUGCACAUAAGGAAGGACCCGAAUACCACUGGUCACUCUAUGAAGGAAAAGUCCCUUAUCCAAGACCUGGUUCUUGUGCCAGCAAAGUCAAUGGAGGGAGGUAUGGAACCACCAAAGACUAUCCUGAUGAUGCCAUCAGAUUUGCAAGAAGCCAUCCACUUAUGUACCAGCCCAUAAAACCUGCCCAUAAAAAACCAAUACUGGUGAAAACGGAUGGAAAGUAUAACCUGAAACAAAUAGCAGUGGAUCGAGUGGAAGCCGAGGAUGGCCAAUAUGAUGUCUUGUUCAUUGGGACAGAUAAUGGAAUUGUGCUGAAAGUAAUCACGAUUUAUAACCAAGAAACAGAAUCAAUGGAAGAAGUAAUUCUAGAAGAACUUCAGAUAUUCAAGGACCCAGUUCCUGUUGUUUCUAUGGAGAUCUCAUCAAAGAGACAACAGCUCUAUAUUGGAUCUGCGUCUGCCGUGGCCCAAGUCCGAUUCCAUCAGUGUGACAUGUACGGAAGUGCGUGUGCGGACUGCUGCCUGGCUCGAGACCCUUACUGUGCCUGGGAUGGCAUCUCCUGCUCCCGCUAUUACCCAACAGGCACGCAUACAAAACGGCGGUUCCGCAGACAAGAUGUUCGGCAUGGAAAUGCAGCUCAGCAGUGCUUUGGACAGCAGUUUGUUGGGGAUGCUCUGGAUAGGACUGAAGAGCGAUUGGCCUAUGGCAUAGAGAACAACAGUACUUUGCUGGAAUGUACCCCACGAUCUUUACAAGCAAAAGUUAUCUGGUUUGUACAGAAAGGACGUGACACAAGAAAAGAAGAGGUGAAGACAGAUGAGAGAGUGGUUAAGAUGGACCUUGGUUUACUCUUCCUAAGGGUACACAGAAUGGAUGCUGGGACCUAUUUUUGCCAGACAGUAGAGCACAGUUUUGUCCAUACAAUCCGUAAAAUCACCCUGGAGGUUGUGGAAGAGGAGAGAGUGGAGGAAAUGUUUAAUAAGGACUACGAAGAGGACGGGCCCCACAAGAUGCCUUGUCCUGCUCAGAGCAGCAUCCCCCAUGGAACAAAACCCUGGUACAAGGAAUUCUUGCAGCUGAUUGGUUAUAGCAACUUCCAGAGAGUGGAGGAAUACUGUGAAAAGGUAUGGUGCACGGAUAAGAAGAGGAAAAAGCUGAAGAUGUCCCCUUCCAAGUGGAAGUAUGCCAACCCACAGGAAAAGAAGCUCCGUCCCAAAGCCGAGCACUAUCGCCUGCCCAGGCAUGCGCUGGACUCCUGAUGGGGUGAAACCUGAAGAAUUUAUAUUUAGAAACUUAAAAAGAGAGAGAGAGAAACCAUCCACCUUCUUUGCAUCACUUAAAAGAGAUUUCUGUAAUACAGAAAGGACCAUGUAGUUGUUACAAUAAAUUAUUCUAAAGACACAUUUGACUGGUGAACCUCACAUAAAAUUACCUAAUUUUUUAAA